AUGCGGAGCAAAAUCUCGUUAAAGCGGUGGCACGGCCACAGCAUGCUCUACACCGGGUCCUGGCCAGACCGAGAUGAUACUAUCAGAGCAGUGCCCGUCUUGAUCAUUAUGAUCCCCCAUGUCGUCCCUCCACCUUCGAAGGAACUGAGUAGCGACCUUGGCUUGAUAUCGACGUCCUCGCCACACAUAAUAGUCCACCGGUACGUCAAGACUAGCGCCGUACUCAAGCAGAAGCUCGGCGAUUUCUUGCGAGAACGGUUCCGCCUCAAGGCUUAUGGUACCGCCAUUCACGAGGGCAACCCGGUGAAUGAUUGCCGUCUUGCCAAGCAGUAA